UGGAAAAUAGUAUAGAAAAUUGAGAUUGUGGGGUAUAGAGGAUGUUGAUAGAGAAUGUUGUUGGAGUAAAAAUUGGUAUAGAGAAUGAAGUUGAUAUGGAGGAUGGAAAUAGGGGAUGGAAUUUAGAAGACAUCGCUGGAGAUAGCCUUACAGCCCGGUUCCUGAUGGCUUUGCCCUGGCCGUGGCCGGACGACGCACGAGGAGUGAGGUCAUGCAAGACCGGCGCCAUGGACAUCCGCUCCGCGUGCCGUGACGGAUCGUGCGAGCCGGGCACGGAUUUAUUGGUCGGAGGUGGAUCGCAUUUGGACAGAGAUUAUUUGCGCUACUGCUUCACGUGGCGCCCAAGGUGCACGAGCCGCCCGUGGACUCGGAUCGACAGUGACAAAUGGAACUAGUUACUGGUCCUCCCGUUCUCGCGGCUAAUUGGAUGAUCCGUUAGUGAGUGCGCCCUUGACGGACUCGCUCGCUAGUGCCCUGGUCAACCAUGGGAUCAAAGGUCGGAUCGGAUCAGAUCGGAUUCGAUGGGACGGAGGAGCUAGGAAAGAUCAUCAGCUCAGCUGCCUUCCCACCACACCCAUGGCGUGACGCGUCGCCCGGGCCGGCCAGCCUUAGUUCCUUUCGUCUUCCCAGAAAGGAAAUUAGGAAAAGGAUGCAGCGGCAGCAGGAUGAUGGCACGGUGAACGCCGCGGCCAUCGUCCUCGCCGCCGCCGCGAGAACCACUAGCACAGGCCACCUGCAACUGCGCCAGCAGCUCGACGACGAUGACCUCGCCAGCUGCGCCGCCACGAGGAAGACGAGAUGGUGGUCGCGCCUCAGGGCGAGGCUCGCGUGCUUCCGGCCCCACGGCCACCCGCAGCGCAUCGCCGACGCGUCGCCGGAGCCGGGCGCAGCCAUCGCCGAGCACGCGGCGGCCGGCUCCACGGGCUUAUUCCACAUCGCCCGCCACGCGCCGCAGCCCGCGGUGGCCUUCGUGGCGCCGCCGCCGUCGCCCGCGUCUUCCGCGCUCACCUCCGGGUCGCCGUCGCCCGCGGUGCUCGUGAACGCCAACAUCAGCAGCAGCAGCUACAGCUCGCCCACGGCUUCCAUCUUCGCCGUCGGCCCGUACGCCCGGGAGCCGCAGCAGCUGGUGUCGCCGCCGGCCUUCUCCGCGGGCCUCACCGAGCCGUCCACCGCGCCGCUCACGCCCCCGGCGGAGGCCGCGUGCAGCCCGCACCUGCUGGCCACCACGCCGUCCUCGCCGGAGGUCCCCUUCGCCCGCUUCCUCUGGCACCCCGUCGCGGCGGCAGACCACCACCAGCAGCAGCAUUUCUCGGGCGGCGGCGGCGCGGAGGGGCUCCUCAACGCGUACCAGCUGCAGCCGGGGAGCCCUAUCCUCGUGUCGCCGGGAUCGACCUCCUCGUCGCCGCCGUCCUGGACAGUAGGGCACCCGGUGCGGGCGCGAAAUGAGGGCCUGCCGCUUCUUGACGGUGGGCGCAUCCCCAUCACGGAGGAAGGUGGUGACUGUGGCAGCGGCAGCGCGAGCAGGAACGACGACACGCAUGACGAUGAAGUGGCCAAGACCGGGGGCGAGUUUGUGUUCGGCAGUAAUGUCGAUGCGGCGGCCGGUGGUGAGGUUGGCGGCGGCGGAUCCUUGGCCUUGGCAGACGCGACUGAGCAGUGGCCUUUUCACCUUGCUCAUGGUUGAACACUGUAUUGUAGCUGCAGAAUGAAUUUGGGAAGUAAAGUAAGGGCAAAAUUAGCUGUAGGACAUCGUUAAAAGGUGGUUUUUGCUCCUGACUAUUAAAAAAAAUGUCUUUGCUAGAAGACAUUACAAAACCAUGUACAUUUGGUACAAAACACUGCACCCACUAUUCUAUUCAGUUAAUUCUAGGACAACGGGAAAGGACCAGUUUGCCCCUGUUCUUCUA